AUGUUUGCCGAGGAGUUGUCUAGCAACGCCAGCCGCAAGCGUCAACAAGAGAAUCGAGCUCGUCGUCGCCAAUUGAAGAAUGAGAAGCAAAAGCAAGAUGCCAAGGCAACGGCAGCCACUGCUGCUACUGCUGCUGUAGUAGCAACUGCCACCCCCACACCAGCGACGAUUAGCACUCCCGUUGUCACUUCGACACCCACUCCACCACCCAUAGUAGCCGAUGCGAGUGAAACGUCUGGCAAAUCAGCCGCCGUGGCGAACGCUUUGCAACAACGGCAACUGCGUCAAACGACCCAAUUGCAACUCAAGUCGAGCAUCAAGAUCCAAUCUCUAGUGCGAGCGUAUCAAUCCAAUUUCAAGCUACUCCAACAACACACUACACUACUGAAAAAGCGACUGAGCGAUUUGAGCAAAUUAGCCACUCUUAUUAAAAAGAAGAAUCCUGACAAACCCUUUGUGCCACCCGUCGCCACCACCACGGCUUUUACGCAGCAAUUGCUCUUUUUGACCAAAUCCAUUCCCUAUCAACGACGCAACAGCACUACUAGUACUACUACGAGUACUAAUACCAAAGACGACAAUAAGAACAGCAAACCAACACAACCCUACGCGCAACGAGUCCAACUGCGAGGAUUGGAAUCCUCCUCUCAACUAUUCAAGCAAGUGUUGGAGACGUGUGUUUUGCCCGGCUUGACCAAUCCAGAUGACACGGCCAAUCCAGUCGUUCAAUGGCUUCAACAGGGCACCUAUCGACUCUCGCGACUGGUCCAUGUCGCCAUGACCAUUGCCACGACACCUCAUGCGCCCAUUGCCUGUGUCACGACCAUUGGAACCUUUUUACGAAUUCUCGUAUUGGGAAAACACAGUAACAACCAUACACGCAACGCUAAUUCAUCAUUGACGUCGCAAACAGCCCAUGCCACCAUUGUUCCACUCUGUCGGACGUGGUUUUUGGACGCCAACCAUUCGGAUCUCUACUUGUUUCCCGUCGUACGACACUUUUUAUUGUGGCAGAUGGGUUCUCAACAACAGCCCAUUCCCAACAAUUCCAUGGCACUUCGGGAAGAUUGUUUCAGUGCCAAAGAACGACAACAAGCCGAUGUACUCUUUCAAUUACUGACAACACUCGUCACGUCUUCGGGCAAAUCCACUCCCCUUCAAGCACGGUUUGUCACGGAAAUUCUCACCAUUCCACUCCUCACAUGGAAACUGUCGCCCAAGUCCGUGGCACAAUUGGUGGAUACUUCCAAUUCCAACAACAACAACAACAACAACAACAAUAGUAUUCUACUCGUUUCCAUGAUGAAUGCCUUUUUGGAACUCUACCAAGAUCCACUCGGCGAUGGAAAAAUUGCCAUGAUUCUUCCACAAGUACAAGAAGGAAUCAUGACCAACAAAUGUCCCGCCACCAAUACACAGUGUCUACUGGCCAAUUGUACCACGCUGGGCCGAUUGUGUCCUUCCACUCAGUCAUUGACGGCCACCUUUUUUUAUUUGGUGGCGUUUUUACUCGAUGUCGUUCCAUUGGGGACCUUUCUGACACGAGAUUCCGCCGCCGUCGAAUGGGUCACGGAUGGAAAAGGACAUCAUACACCCAUUGUGUUAUCGCCCGUCAUUUUGGAACAGUGUAAAUUGUUGCUGGUCGAAUCGUAUGUCCGCAAUUUAUUUGCAUCGGCUAUCGACACAAAUGCACUGCAUACCACGGCCGUACUGGAGGCGCAAACCGACAAGGAUAAAAAACACGAAACGGACUUUGUCAGUACGGCAGGCGCAACCGCGACAGCCAUGGCGGCCAAGGAAGCGCGGGUCGAUCGCAAUCGAUGGUUGGCAUCUGCCAAAUGGGCCAGUAAAAUCAAAAAGGGAGUCUCCAAUAUGCUAACAUCCUCUACCGAACGGCGUGCAUCCUCCACCACAACUGCACCUGCAGGUGCCGGAAAAUUGGUGGAAACAUCGUCCGUUUCGCGACAAUUGGCCAGUGGGAAUCAUACUAAUGUCGCAAAAGCCGUGGCAGCGGCAUCCAACGAAUCAUCUACCGAUAAACGUCCCUACAGUCCCCAGUUGCUCUUUUGUCUCUGUCGGACGUACGCCAUUGUCUUGGCACGAUGGGGUGGCGGCGGCAAGGCCGAUGUUAUUGCGACACAACAACAACAACAAUCCACAACCGAACACAAGAAUGAAAUUGCCACGUCCAGACCCGAUCCCUGUACCAUGGCAUUGCUCAAUGUCUUGUGUUUUGGAACGGAUCUGGUGAGGACCACCUGGGCGUUGUUGCAGAGUGACAAGGAAUUGAAUGCCGAACUUCAGGCGACCAUGGACAAGACGGCCAUUCAAUCCUUGACGGCACGACCUUGUUUUGCAACGUACCCACCUCGCACCAAACUGAGUCACGACAGUGCCGUCUUGUUAUAUGUCUUUGUCGCGACCAUUUCUCAUGCACUCAUUAUUACCGAUGAUGUAGAAAUCCACGAAAUGGGCCGUCCUUUGCCGCUCCAUCAACUGCGACGGUGCAUUCAACUCUUGAAAAAAGUCUUGAUUCGAGCUUGUGAGGGUAGUAGUAGUAAACAACGACAUGCGAGCAGCAAUCCCUUUGGACUCUCCUUGGUGGCGGCAUCGGUCAAGGUCAUGCGGGAUUUGUACGAUCGAUCGGCACGGCGGCCCCUCUGUGUGCCCAAAUUGUGGCUUGUGGACAAUCUCAUGGUCAAGGAAAUUUCCAACUGCAAGACGCACACGGAUUAUGUCGAUCUCUUGCACUCGAGUCCCGUCUUGAGGAUUUGUCCCUUUUUGGUAUCCUUCAAACGACGGCUCAAACUAUUUGAACGGAUUGUGACGACGAGUCGCAUUGAGAUGCAGGGAGUCAACGAUGCCAAUCCAUUCAACAACAAUCCACUCAAACCGGGUAUUCCUGUGCAAAUCAUGAGGGGAAGAGUGUUGGAGGAUGGGCUGGCCACAUUGAACAAAUUGGGACGCAAUCUGCGGCAACGAAUCAAUGUGCAGUACUUGAACGAAGCAGGGGCGCGAGAGAGUGGUGUCGAUGCUGGCGGAUUGUUCAAGGAGUUUUGGACGGAUUUGUGUGCCAUUGCCUUCAAUCCCAACUAUGCUCUGUUUCGUGUGACAGAAGACGAGCAAAACUGCUUGUACCCCAAUCCGUUGUCUGGUUCCGCGCAUGGUGCGGAAACCCACAUUGUUCUCUUUGAGUUUCUGGGCCGCAUUCUUGGCAAGGCUCUCUACGAAGGCAUUACAAUCAGCCCACAGUUCUCCCACUUUUUCCUUUCGUUUCUUCGGGGCGACUACAACUAUCUGCACAUGCUACCCGAUUUGGGCUCUGUGGAUAAGCAGUUGUACACUAAUCUCAUGUUCUUGAAGACAUACGACGGCGACGCCGAGGAUCUUUGCUUGACAUUCUCGGUUGCCGUGGAUGAGUUUGGUGGAAACAAGCAGAUUCCUCUCAUACCCAAUGGUGGCAACAAGGAAGUCACGAAUUCCAACAAACAGCACUACAUUGGCUUGGUGGCCAAGUAUUAUGUGGUGGACAGAGUUAAGGAGCAAUCAGAAGCCUUCACUCGGGGUCUGUGGGAUGUCAUUGACAAGUCAUGGCUGCGGCUCUUUAACGAGCCAGAACUGCAGGUUUUGAUCAGUGGCGCUACAGGGGGUGCCCUCGAUGUUGAGGAUAUGCGGGCCCACUCACGUUACAUUGGUGGCUACACGGGCAUUGAAACGACCAUUCGUCGUUUCUGGAGCGUCGUGGCAUCGUUGAACACGAAGCAACAAGCAGACUUGUUGCGUUUUGUAACCAGCUGCGAACGUCCUCCUCCGCUUGGCUUUGCCAGCAUGAACCCUCCUUUUACCAUCCAACGCGUGGGGAUCAUGCGAGAUGGCGACCUCUUGCCAACAGCCUCCACUUGUUUCAAUACCUUGAAGCUCCCAACCUACAGCAGUGAAAAGGUCAUGAAGCAGCGGCUGAUAUAUGCCAUUGAGGCUGGGGCAGGAUUUGAGCUAACUUAA